GGUGGAUCAUUGCCAUUUGAAAUGGGUCUUACACACUCUCUUAUUACGGUCUCUGUACACCAAUAGAUAUCUCCUUCAGACUGUCAUUAGUGCAGUGGUGUAUGGAGCCACUGUCAGUCCCUCCAACUAUGGUAAACUUCAAAGUCACCCAUCUGCAUACUUUCCGUAUUCUUUCCAUUUACUGUGUACUUUAGCAUGCAAUUUGAAGCACUUGUCUCCUCUGUAUUGCUCGAUUCUCACCGUCAGACAGUAGCUAGAGUAUACAAUUUAAAACACCCAGAACUGUUGAGUUAUUAAUGCAUAGGUUCCUCAUGUGACUCAUUCCUAUUUCUCUUGCUAGAAGUGUAUCACACCAACCACCUAUUACUGCUCUACACUGCUCUAGUGUACAUGUGGAAAAGAUAUAGAGGGAGCUGGACUACCAUCACUACUUACCCCUGUUCUUUGAUGGAAUGUGUGAGACCACGUCUCCCCACGGUUCUUUGCCAGGCAUGGGGUCCACGACAUGCUGGAGCACGGUGGCUCCAAGAUAGCUGCCGUCAUUCCCCAGCUCAUCGAUCCCAUCAGCAUGCCCUCCACACCAGACCCCGAGUCAUCUGCACCACACUGAAGGUCCUCCAGCAUCUGGUGGUGUCGCUGAGAUGGUGGAGAGGCCAUGGUCCCCUACUACCGACAGAUCUUCCCAUCCUCAACAUCUACAGAACAAGACCUUGAACAUUGGGGAUGGGAUAGACUACAGCCAGCAGAAGAGAGAGAACAUUGGAGACCUCAUUCAGGAGACUCUGGAGGCAUUUGAACAGCACGGUGGAGAUGAUGCCUUCAUCAACAUCAAAUACAUGGUCCCCACCUACGAGUCCUGUCUCCUGAAAUGACACACCGAGCUGUUGGUUUUUCAGCACUGAGAGAGCAAAACUUUCAACAUCCACCCACUCAUUCACUCAUUUCACACUAACCAUACACACGAACACAGAAACACAACCUUCCUGUCAUAUGGUGUAAUGUGAAGUGAUCGAUCUUUGUACG